AACUCCAUCAUCAAUGGUUGCACACCGAGUCGUAAAAUUUGCCCGCGUGCCGGUUGCAUAGUUCACGCGUGCAGUAACGGAAAUUGUGUUUCAUCUGCGUUUCUUUGGAUUACACUUGGGUUACAGAUCGAAGAUAUCUCCUUGUGAAGGAAAUAUUAUCACUUUGGAAGGCGAUCAAGAUGGCGGAUCUCUCCGAGGAAAUGCCGAUCAAGGACGCCGCGACGGCUAUCUCUCAAGGCAAACGUCACCUUCUGGUGCGCGACUACAACUUGGCGGUGGUCGUCCUAGCCCAGGCCUGUGAACUGCAUGCUCAGGAACACGGAGAGACCGGCGACGAGAUGGGUGAGCUCUAUUUACUUUACGGACGAGCCCUUCUAGGUCUGGCACGCGAGGAGGCGGGUGUUCUGGGAGGCGGUGUUCCCGGAUCUGAAGAAGUCAGUCAAGAUGAGCAAGGUGAAGAGGAGGAAGAGGAAGAAAGCGAGGAGGGAGCUGAAGGUACCACAGGAAAUAGCCCUAGCACAUCGAGUAGCAAAGAUGACAAGCAAGAACCCGAAACGGAAAAAGAGGAUGAAAAUCCAAAAGACACAAGUGUUGAGAAGGACGAGAAAACGGAAGAAUCCAAUAAAGCAACGGUAGAUAGCAAAGAAAAAAUUGAGAAAAACAGCGUGCAGAAGGAAGAAAUUCCCGGUUGCAGUCGAGAUCUCGAUUUGCGCAACGGCGAAGCUUCUACUAGUAGAAAAAGGGACGAAGAAGACGGGGAUGAGGCAGAAGAGGAAGACGUUGAGAAAGAAAACGAGGAGGAAGACGUCAACAAUUUACAGAUCGCUUGGGAAGUCUUGGAACUGGCAAAAUUGGUGCUACUCAAACGCGGACCUCAGGGUUGGAAAUCUCUAGCUGAGGCUUAUCGACUUCUGGGUGAGGUGGCGAUGGAAGGUGGCAAUCACGAAAGUGCGCUGACCGAUUUCAAGGGCUGCUUGAAUCUGUUGGAGAAGAUAACUCCACGCGACCAUCGUGCGAUCGCCGAGAUCCACUAUCAGCUCGGACUGGCGUAUGCGAUGGCGAAUAAUUUCGACGCCAGCAUCGAACAGUUCAACCAGGCAUCCGCGCUACUGGAAGCGAAGAUCGUACAUCUGAAGACGGUGAAGGACGACUCAUCCCAGUCCGACGAUCCCUUCUAUACUGUCGAAGGGGAAAUCAAGGAACUGCAGGAUCUUCUGCCAGAAAUCCAGGAGAAAAUCACGGAUAUCAAGGAUAUGAAGAAGGAAGCCGGUGUGCUUAAGGAGAUAAAGGAGGAGAGAAUGAAUGGAUGCUCUAACGCCGGUGAAACAAAUGAGGCUUCCGGAAGUGGUAGUGCGUCUAAACCUGCAAGCGAUAUUUCGCAUUUGGUAAGGAAGAAACGCAAGGCAGAGGACGAUGAGACUUCAUCUCCUUGCAAAAAACCAACACAGGAAAAAGAGGCGUGAAAAGUACAAGUACGUCUGAUUAUAUGCUGAGCAGAAUAAUCUGGACUAUAAACUCAAAAAUGUUGAUAUUUUCUUUAUAACAUAGACAAAUAGUAUUUGUUGAUGUGUAAAAAAUGAUGUUUUCUACAAAAGUGAUAAACCGGUCAAUCAUUAACUUCAUUCUUAAUGUAGAUAUACAGAAAUAAUUUCCAGGAUAUCAAUGACGUAUAUUGACAUAAAGUGAGUAAAAAAAAAAUUUGCACACGCAAUUUUUUUUGUAAUUUUAUGCAAAGAAGAAAAUAUUGCGCUUUAAUGUACUAUAUAUUCAAUAUGUUAGUACAAAUAAAAGCAAUGUAUUUCGAUAGAAAGAUUUACAACAAUAUCUUUCUGCUUUGUAUAAAAUUAUUCCAAAAAGAUACAGAACAAAAUAUUUUUCUUACUCGCUAUACAUUUGAAAUUUACUGCUUAAAAUUAUCGUAUGGUUAUUAAAUAAAACUGUUUCGUAAUUGCAGUACACAAGAUUAUCAAAAAACCUACAUAUUGUGAUUAAUAUUUUUCUUAAUAUUAUGGGAAAUAUUUACUGAUACAUAAAAUAAUGUUUUCUACAAAAGAAUGAUCAUUCACAAUUUAGAUUCAUCUUAAUAUUCCAGAAGUUCAUUAUAUAUAGGCGAAGUUACACUUAAAAUCUCCAUUAGUGUGUCGUAAAAUGAAUGGAUAUCGUUUUAUGAUUAAAACAAGUUUAUAUUAAUAACAUCUGAAAGGAUAAAUAGUAAUUAGUAGUAAUAGGAUUUGAAAAGAAAUAUAGUAAUAGUUUUAUCUUUUAUUAAUCACGGUGGAACAGCUAAUAAGUAAAAUUUGUAUUUUUACCAAACAAUUUAUGCUCUGUUAUAUCGAAAUAUACUAAUAUGCUAAGUUUUUAUGGUUUGCCCAAUACUAGCAAAAUAUAUGACUGCAAGUUUCAAAGUUAUCUAAUAAAUAUAUGACUACAAGUUUUAAAGUUAUCUGAUAAAAACUCUUGGAGACAAAAACUUUUACAAAAUUUCAAACUACUAUUUGAUAAUGUUUUUUAGUUUUUAUAAAAAAAAAGUUUUGUUUGCGAAUAAAAAUGAUUAUUUACUCGAUGUCAUGGAAAUAUAUCUUAUACGUUUUUCAUUCUCAACUUAUAUAUAGCUUGUAAAAUAAGUGUAGAACGUGUGAAAAGUGUGCGAAGAUGGUCUUGAAUUUGAAGACUUGAUAAGACGAUGUAUUUAUUUUAGUUCAUUGGAAGUCAAAUAGCGGCGAACCUACAUGUAUUAAACUAUAGAUAUAAGAAAUAAAAGAUUGUUUCAUUGUUUGUGUAUGAAUAUCAUAUGAAUAAAUGUUAGAACAAUGCUUUUUUUA